CCACACACACAGAGAAAGAGAAAGAGAGAAGGGAGCAGGGGGUGUGGGGUGUGGAUUGGUUGCAUUUGGCGUGGCAGCCGUGAGAAGCUGUAGCUUAUUGCUCAAAGACCACCAUGGUCGGGAACGACAGGCAGGCUUUGUUGCAGUAGUGGGUCCAGUUUGCACCCUUCAUGUUUUCUUUUGAGUUGUGUUCGGGGACUGUUGCGUCGCAUGUGCAGUGAGUGGCUAGUUGGGCAGGAUGAGUCUCGGAGGGCGCCAUGUGAGCACCCUGAAUUGUGCUGUGUUGUUUCCUAGAACUCCCAUUCGGCAGCUGCGCUCUGUUCCCGCGCCAGCGUUUCCGCUGAGGAAGCUGCGGUUGAGGGCUGUCGGCGUUGUGUGUGCUCGAAAUGACUCGAAUGCUGGGGUUGAGAAGCUCGGGAAAGCAAGCCCUGGGCGAGGAGACGGGGAUGGCAGUCCAGAGCGCGUGGCGGAGGAUCCCCGGCUGAGGUUGGAGCUGAAAGCGAAGAUUGGCAGUCUGGAGUGCAAUGCGCAGAGGGCGAGAGGUGGAGAGAGGGUGCGCGGACACACAGUGGGUGUGGAUCUCGGGGAUGCAAAGACUGGAUUGGCGAUCAGUCUGGGUGGUUAUGCGCCCCGGCCUUUGACCAGAGCAGACGAGUUUGUGGUUGGGCUGCCCAAAGCGUGGGAUGGCAAGGACUCGGACCAAGCCAACAAGUGCCGCAGCUUUGCCGGGAGGCUGGCGAAUAUCGUUGGUCGGCGAGAGUGGCGAGUAUAUUUGCAAGACGAGUAUGGGACUUCGCAGGAUGCGCUGGACUACAUGAUUGACAUGGGCAGCAACAGACGGUCUCAGAAGGAGCAACUAGACGCGUACGCCGCCACGGCGCUACUGUGCUGGUACUUCGGAUCUGGUUGAUUUGUUGGUGAAAUGCUGUUGCCCAAGGGCUGGACGGGCAGCAGGCGCUGUGCAAAGGAGCGCCAGUUGCAUUUGCAGCGAGCGUGAAUGAGGAUGAUUAGUUGGGCGAGUUUGUUGAGUUUGAUAACGGGUGAACGGGAUUUUCCAACAGAGGCGUCGAUGGCCCAGUAUAAUUUUGGUGGCGGUGGUGGUGGUUCAGGGAGUGUACGUAGGUGGAGUAUGUACUUCUUGAAAAUGAAGUGCCUGCUGUGAAUGAUUGGUUCUUGGAAUUGUUUGAGAAAGUGUAGUUUUUAGUGAUGGGUGAUGGAAAGAUAUAUUUGGCCGGGGGCAUUCUCGGUUGAUUUUGACUUCCUCUGUAUUUUAGUAGUUGAAACAAAGCUAUGUUACUUCUUUUGGCAAGUUAUGUUA